GAUCUAGUGACUCAUGGAUAAAAGCAGCAAAGGAAAUCCAAAAAUUAGAAAGAUUUUUUAAUCAGCAAGUUAAAUUAAUGCAAGAAAGUUUUCAAGAUAAAGAAGAAGAAACCUUCAUACUUAUCUGGUUAACAGAAGAUAUGAUUUUAAAUUUGAAGAAAAAUUUAAAGAAAAAUUUUAAUGAGAUGUUAGCAAAAGAAUAUAUUAAGAAAAGGUUUAUAUUUGAAUAUCUUGUAUAUUUGUUAAAUGAAAAGAAGAAAAUAAAGGCAAGUAUAGAUGUGAUAAAUAUGAUAUACAAUAGUAAUAGCAAAUUAAAGGCUAUUUGGAUUCAGCAGACA